CGUGAAACGUAAAUAAAUUUCCACGUUCCAAUUUGAAUCCGACAAAAUACCCCGAUCGUUGUGUAGAGUGUCGUUUAUAUACCGUUAGAAAAUGCAGUCGCAAAUUAAGGCCAUACAUCUUCACAAAUGUAGCGAUCUAUUACCAUCCGCGAAUAAAUUUCAAGCCGUGCUUAAAUUAGGGUUGAGAACUGCAGCGUUGAGGCACAGCGACGAUCCAUUGACGGCAGAUAGAACGACAUGUCGGAAAUGCUUUACACCAUUCUCCGACGGUCACUUUUCGGUCGAUAUAUUACCUCCCCAACGAAAGAAUUGGAAGCAGAUAGCAAAGUAUAAUCUAAGCCGUAAACAUAGAAAACAACAGAAAAAACAGAAACAGCAGAUGUCAUUGGUGCAAUACCUCACGAAGCGGACUAGUUUGGUAGCGAAAUACACCUGCUUGGUAUGCUCAUUCAAGACCAAAGUUGCACAGAAAAAAGUUAAGCAACCCCAACCCACCAUAGCUGUUCCGUUAGCAACGGAAAAAAAGAAAGGAAAGAAAAGGAGUAAAACGGACCACAUGAGCGUAAACGGUAACGAAAACAUACCAGCCAACAAUAUGGAAAACGGGGAAACUUCAGAAAAUGGGAAACCGCAAGCUCCAAAUUCUCUUCACCUAACGCGACCACCGAAACGAUUCGAGCCGAAAGAUUUUCGCACCAUUCAACAAAUGCUCACUGAUAAAAUGUCCUCGAAGGAAAUUCAACGGGGAGCCCAGAACGGAAAAGGCAAGAAAAAGAAAGGCAAAAUGUAAAACUGACCUGUUUGGUCGAACACAAAUUGUUCACCAAUUAAAGUUUGCGCUUUAGCAUUUGUUAAUGAUGCUGCUGUGUACCGCCGUUCAUACUUCAUAGAUUUUUGGGGAAUAAAAACAACGAUCUUACGGUAC